CCCGGAAAUGCAGCCUUUGAGGCCGCCCCCGAGCGAGCGAAGCAUGUUCCGGCUGAUGAGGGAUGGCGAGCCGGAGGACCCCAUGUUUGCCAUGGAUCCCUUUGCCAUCCACCGGCAGCACAUGAACCGCAUGCUGUCGGGGAGUUUCGGGUUCGGGCCGCUCCUUGGCAUCACGGACGGGAGCGCCCCUGGGGCUCGCCAGGCUGCCCGCAGGAUGCAGGCAGGAGCUGUUUCACCCUUUGGGAUGCUCGGCAUGGCAGGUGGCUUUAUGGAUAUGUUUGGGAUGAUGAACGACAUGAUUGGAAACAUGGAACAUAUGACAAGUGGUGCUAACUGCCAGACGUUUACCUCCUCAACUGUCAUCUCUUACUCCAACCUGGGUGAUGGGCCCAAGGUCUAUCAGGAGACCUCAGAGAUGCGUUCAGCACCUGGCGGGAUCCGCGAGACAAGACGGACCGUCAGGGACUCGGACAGCGGCUUGGAACAGAUGUCGAUCGGGCACCACAUCAGGGAGAGGGCCCACAUCAUGCAGCGCUCCCGGAACCACCGCACGGGCGACCAGGAGGAGAGGCAGGACUACAUCAACAUGGACGAAAGUGACGCCGCCGCCUUUGACGACGAGUGGCGGCGAGAGACGUCCCGGUUCCGGCCGCAGCGGGGCCUGGAGUUCCGGCGCCACGAGGGCAGCGCAGGCCGGCGGGCCGAAGGGACUCGCCUCGCCAUCCAGGGCCCUGAGGAUUCUCCCUCCAGACAGUCCCGCCGCUACGACUGGUGAACUGGGAGCAGACCUUGUGGGGGGUGCAGCGUGGCCACCCCCAAACCUACCUACGCGCUCUUGUACAGACAGUGAAACUCGGAAGCCCCUUCAAAGCACCACUUGGACCCUUCUCAAAUUUAGUAUUAACCUCCCUCCCACUUAAGGAUUAAAACAAAGCAACUAAUCUUCUGCAUUGCUCUAUUUCACCCCAUUUGGGUGCUGCAGUGGGACAUGGGGAAUCUCACUGAUGUGCAAGGAACACAUUAAUUGCCCAUUCCCUCUCUGCUCUCCCUUUGGCUCUGUUCUUUCUGCCAGUAGUGCUGGGCAUGAGGAGCUGCCACCUUGCCUCUUCCAUCCUUUCCACUCUUUCUGUGCUGGGUUGGGCUGGUUCUGAAGUUUGUGUUUAGUCCCCUGUGAAAGGAAUAUGAGGGAAUUUGCUAGACCCCCCUGUCAGUCCCCUGACUGGGACAGAGGCUUUGAUUCCCCUGCUGCUCCCUGGUGCAUCUGUGGAGAAGCAGAAGGAUGUGUAUGUUGGAGAAGGGAGGAGCAGAACAAAAGCUGGAUCAGCCUGUGGGCCCCCUGACCCCUCUUCAGUCAGCUCCCCUACUUUUUUAAUUUGUGAAACUUGUAACUAGAUGUUUACUGAAUAAAGAAACAAACUGUAAAGA